AUGGAUCUUAUUGCCAAGUUGAGUGGUGGUAGUCACAACCUUAUGUUUGAAAGUCCAAUACGUUUGAUGGAAGUUGCUUCUGGUCCCACCCAAAUGGAGAAUGCCAUUGACAUCAUCAUCAACGUCUUCCACCACCAUUCGAUCCAGAAACCCCAUCCGGACAAGCUGAGCAAAGCGGAGACCAAGAACCUGAUUCAGAAGGAGCUGGCGGAGUUCUUGAAGAACCAAGUCAAUCCGCCUGCUGUGGAGGAAAUUUUCAAGCAGCUGGACCAAGAUUCAGACAAGGAGCUGUCAUUUGAGGAAUUCAUGCAGUUCAUUGUCCAGGUUACUGUCGCGACCCAUAAGACCCUUCAUGCCCAGUGA